AUGUCCUUGAAGGAAGUGUUGCAGAAAGCCACCAACAAGCACAACAGCACAACCAAGACGCGGCGACCGGGUGCCGAGUUGCUGGGAGUCAGCUGUGAGAGCACUUCCAGACGUCGGCGCUCCAGUGUUGAGUCCAUGCUGGGACUCGGGGACAGCCAGGCAAUUUCUGGUUCUUUGAGUGUUCCCAGCAAGCUCCAAGGGCCUCUGCUUGGCUUGGUCGCUGCUGCAGAGCAGGAGUCGACCAGCGGCCGGAUGCCAGAUGCGGAGAGUCAGGAGACCGUGAACUACACCAUCCAUGUGGCUGCCUCCAGCGCGAGUACUGAAGACUCCACCGUGGUACAGGAGACCGGCAUUGUGCUGCAAUGGAGACUCUUGUCGGCCCAGGCAGUAGUAGUCGGGCACGGGGGUUAUUGGCAAGGGCCCAGGGGCUCCGGGCCUGCACCGGGAUCUGAUCGCAGCAAUGACCCGCGCUUUUUCAUUGGCGCACCCAAAGAGGCAAAGGUCUACGGCGAAGCGGUCCAGGACGGGGUUGAAAAGCUGCCGAUUGUCGUGUCGCAUGAGUUCGCCUCCUCAGAUAAUUUCGGCCGGCAGACCACACCGAGCCAUAUCGAGGUCGGUGUGAGCUGCGACGCGGAUGUUUUGGUGGAUCCCAACCUCCUGCGUUGUUGGUCAUGGUGUUUCUUCUUCUUGGAGAUGUGGGUCAGCAAUUUCUGCCUCUGCCUCUGCGUAGCCAGAGGUGAUUGGGGCAUCUGCUUUCUCCUCUCACUGCCGCACCUACUGCUGGUUGGCAUGGAGGUUGAGCUGAUCAGCCGCGACUGGGCCUUCCGCCGAAACCUCUUCACCCUGCGCCGGCACUCGCCGUUGAAAGCAUGGUUCUUCAAGUACAUCGUCUUUGCCGUUUUCGGAUUGCUGAGCUGCCUGCCGGUAGUCCGCGCGCGCCAGUGCUGGAAGCAGCGUGGGAUGCGCCCAUCCUUGGUCGACGAGAUCGAGGAGCCCAGCGCCACAGAUUCGGCCCGCUUUGAUAGCCAUGUAAUGCUGGUGACGAAUGUGCCCCGGAUCAUGGUGCUGCUCUAUGCAUCCACCUGUCUUCUGUACUCGAAGCUGCAGCUGUCUAUUCUCCUCUCCAUGGCCUUCCUGUCCCUGGUGAACGUGCUCCAAGCUGCCGUGAACUUCGACUACUACGCCUCGAGCUGGAUUCGCCGGCAGUACGAGCGCGUCUCGGAGUCGGUCAUGUUCCACGUGCUACACCACAGCUACAGACUCGUUGAGUUGGCUUUGAGGAUCCUCACCCUGCUCGGAUUCGCCGUGGUCCUGAGGAACCAGGCGCUGUUGGGCGUCUCUCUCCUCGCCUUGGACUACUUGCUUGGAACCGCUGCCCUUCUGGUGGUCACAAGCUUGACCCCCGGCUCUUCGAGUUCAGUCCUUGCUGUGUUGGCCCUCGCCUUCGUGGGCGUCGCCUUUGUGGCGCCUCCGCUGCGCGUGUCCACCCCCCGUGGCCUCCCGGACAAGUUGGACCGCGCUGAGCCUCCGAGUGAUGCCGGCGCCGUUGUGAUGGGAGUCUUAGCAGGCGUAAUGGUGGCCCUCGCAGUGCCCGCAAGCAGCUGGGCCAUCAACGACCUGCCUGAGUUCUCCGUGGUGAGGCCGAGCUACAUGCAGGGCGUCGAUGCCGCCUUGGCCGCUACGAAGCCAGGCGAAAUCGAUUUCGUGACGCGGAGCCGAAUUGAGGCGUCCUACUUCCCCCAAGUCCUUGAAGAGCUGAAGCAGGAGAGAGUGAAGCUUGAGGCGGCUCCCAGCAAGCAGGAGCGCUUGGAGAAAGCCACUCAGCAGAUGAGGGAGUAUGCCCAGACGGCUCAAUUCCGCGUGGCCGAGGAAGUACCGGAAGUGAGGAUGUGA